AUGGCGUCAUCUCCUACUUCUGCACGUCCUGGCGCUUUGUCUGAGGAUGGCGAGCCGAUAUCAAGUCGUGGGUUUUCCAAGCGUGGCGACGGCUUUUCCGUCCAAGAGACCGAUGGUCUGCUUCAAGUGGUACGUGAGCACUGGCAAGAAGGUUGGGACAUGAUUGCCGAUGCUCACAAUGCACAGUUCCCGGGUCACAAACGGACUGCUGGCUCACUUAAGCGCAAAUUUGCCAAGCUUUACCGCACUAAAGUCGACUCUACUACGAAAGAAAAACAUGCACGAGCAGCAGCUAUUGCCAAGAAAGUGCGCGACGAGAUGCGCGGCCAGCGACGAGGUCUUGCAGGCGUCCGAGGGCUCAGUGUCGACCUCGUGACUGAGACUGAAGGCAGUGUAGGCGUACAGGAGGUCCAUGAGGACCUGCAUGAUGUGGAUAUGAUGGCUCACCAACAGGUGAUGCAACACCAGCUUUUACCGGAGGCUACAGUGACGGCUAGUGAGCACGAGGUGCGACAGACGCUGAGCCAGAGCGUGCAGCCAUUAACGCAAGAGACACCACUACGAGAAGAUGCGUGGCAAACUCUUAUUCGGUGGCCUAUUGCCGGGGAGCGACUGCGUAUGCUGCGGUCACAAAUUGAAAGUAAUGAGUCGAUAUCGAGUCAAGAUUUACUGCAGACAGUGUUGCUAGUGUUGCUCGAGUCACAGCGCCAACGUGACUUGGAGCGGGAUCAGGAACGGGAAGAGCGUCGAGUGGAAAAGCAGCGCUGGCAGGCAGAAAUGCGCGAACAACGUCGUCGAUUCGAGCAGGAACGAGCUGAGGACAGACGCAGGAAUGAACAGUUCAUGCAGGUAAUGACGACACUUGUGGCACAGAUUGCAGCUGGGCAGCAACAGCGAGGUGUUUGA